AUGGCGGAAAAGUUGAUCCAAGAAUUGGCUGCUGUUCGAGUCAUUGUGCCGUGCAACGUCCCAACCGAAUGGACUAGCCCCAUGCACUUCGUUGGCAAGCCAGGCGGCAAAAAGGUCUUCCUUGUGACUGAUUACCGCCAACUGAACAAAGCUGUAAAGCGCCAUAUUCACCCGUUUUAUUCGGCCAACGAUCUAAUGAGGAAGGUGCCACUGGAUGAGGAUAGCUCGCUUCUCACGGCGCUCUCUGGCAAAUGGUUCUAUACUCUAGCACCCAUGGGCCUAAGUUCAAGUUCAGACGAAUUCAAUAUUCGGACUGAUCGAGCAGUCGCGUGUUUGGGCAAUUGGUUGUUGAAAAUCGUCGAUGAUAUGGCCUUUCAGGAUCCCACCCUCGAUCUUGCCCUCAGUCGCCUUGAAUUAGUGCUUGAACGUUGCAGAAAGGCGGGCAUCAAGUUAAGUCUUGAUAAAAUGCAAAUUGGCCAGGAGAUUUCCUACACUGGAUUUGUUUUGAGUUGA